ACUGAAAAUGUGAAAAAUAUAAAAUAAAUUUAUGUGGUUAACGUAUUUAUAAUUAAAUACAAACAGUUUAUUUUACUUACAAUAAUAUAUUAUAAAAUUCAUUACUACAAGUUACUAGCUAAAGUCUCAAUAUGAAUAAAGCUGAACUCAAUAAUGAGAUUGUUCUCAUGAGAAAAACUGUACGACAAGCAAAAGUUCAUAUUAUAAGAAAGCUUGUUCGAGAGAUUCGUAUAUUGAAAGAAAAGACAAAGCCCGAAGGUGGUGAUAAAUUUAAAGCCAAAGCUGAUAGACUUUAUGAGGAACUUACUAUUAUAAAGAAGUUGGACUGCGAUGUCAUAUCAAAGCACGCCUUAACCCUAACAGAAGACCCCAAAAAAAUCCUGUCGAAGGCGGAAUCCCUGCACGAUAGGGCACUCAACAGAUUCGCAGUUCACAAAUCAGUCUGCGACAAAGUUAAAUCCAUCAGAGAAAAAUACAACCUGGAGCAAAAUUUUGAGAAAGUUUUGGAGCCGGGUAAAAAGAAACAGAGGAAGUUGAAACACAUCGAAGACAAGGCUAAAAAGAAGGAGAUUCGGAGGGAAAAUGCUAGGGCUAGGGAAUUGAGUGCUAAACGACAAGCUUGGCUGGAGGAGAAUAAUUUGGUGCCUAUGGGGGAAAGGACAGAUUGUGGGAUUGAUGAUGGAGGGAAAGGACAGAUUAAGUCGGCUAAAGACACAAACAAGGGUGGAGACAACUCUGAUGAUUCUGGUGAGUCUGAUGAAGACUUCUGUAUAGAACAUGACAGUAACAGUGAAUCUGAACCAGAAAGUACCAAAGAUAAUCUGAAAUCUAAAACAAAAACCAAAAAUCAACCAGAUAACCAAGACCAAGACCAAGAUGCUUUUAAAAACAGGGACAAACUGAAGUCUAAAACAAAACCUAAAGGUUCACCACCAGAUAACCAAAAAGUUUCCAAAAACAAAGGCACUAUGAAGUCUAAAACAAAACCCAAAAAUCUACCUGAACAAUCACACGAUGACUCUGAAGACAUGGAACAAGAUGAAUCCUUUAUGACUAAAACAAAACCCAAAAGUAAAUCUGAACUAUCACAGGAUGACUCUGAAGACAUGGAACAAGAUGAAUCCUUUAUGACUAAAACAAAACCCAAAAGUAAAUCUGAACUAUCACAGGAUGACUCUGAAGAUAUGUCCCAGGAUGAACAAUCAUCUUAUGAUGACUCUGAAGAUAUGCCCCAAGAUGACCUCGAAGAAAAUGAGUCCUUUACCAAAACCGUGGAUGACUUCUUCAUCACAGAUUCUGAUGCUUUUAAAAACAGGGACAAACCAAAGUCUAAAACAAAACCAAAAGGUUCACCACCAGAUAACCAAAAAGUUUCCAAAAACAAAGGCGGUAUGAAGUCUAAAACAAAACCCAAAAAUCUACCUGAACAAUCACAGGACGACUCUGAGGACAUGGAACAAGAUGAAUCCUUUACGACUAAAACAAAACCAAAAAGUAAAUCUGAACUAUCGGACGACUCUGAAGAUAUGUCUCAGGAUGAACAAUCAUCUUACGAUGACAAUGAAUAUAUGUCCCAAGAUGACCUCGAAGAAAAUGAGUCCUUUACCAAAACCGUGGAUGACUUCUUUAUCACAGAUUCAGGAACCCAUUACGAAAGCACAUUUGUACCAAAACCAGUCAAAGAACAAAUUCAUAACGAUGGCCUAAAUAGGCAACAGAGACGUGCACAACAAUUUGGCAAUGUGGUGAAGAAACGACCUCCAAAAUUCAGCAAAAAGGAUUCAUUUACCAAGCAGAAGGAUUCGAAAUUCAAUCACAAUAAAAUUGAGAAGAAUGAUUUUAAAUUUAAUAAGGAUAAGAAACCUAAAUUUGAUAAGGUUGAUUUUAAGUCUAAGAAUAAAAUGGAUAAGGAUGAUUCUAAAUUUAAUAAGUCUGUUAAUAAAAAGGCUGUUCCAGAAAUAAAACAAGAAGUGUCUUUACAUCCUUCGUGGGAAGCUAAGAAAAAACUUAAACCGCAAAUUACUGCUUUCCAAGGCAAGAAAAUUGUAUUCGAUGAUUGA